UUCGAACUCGCCCUCAAUUCGUGUUCCCCACGCAUACCCCUACUCAAACGACCCCAAUUUCUCUGCGUCUCAACGCAAGGCAACGCAAAUUCUGCAUUCGUGAAACAGAAACGGAAAGGGGAAAAGAAAUCGGCGCGCGAGGAUCAGUUGUUAGGGUUUCGAAUCGAGGAUGCCGAAGAACAAGGGAAAGGGAGGAAAGAACCGGAAGCGUGGGAAGAACGAGGCGGACGACGAGAAGCGUGAGCUCGUCUUCAAGGAAGACGGCCAGGAGUACGCGCAGGUGCUCCGGAUGCUCGGCAACGGCCGCUGCGAGGCCAUGUGCAUCGACGGAACCAAGCGGCUCUGCCACAUCCGCGGCAAGAUGCACAAGAAGGUCUGGAUCGCCGCCGGCGAUAUCAUCCUAGUCGGCCUUCGCGACUAUCAGGACGACAAGGCCGACGUCAUCCUCAAGUACAUGCCCGACGAGGCUCGUCUCCUCAAGGCCUACGGUGAGCUUCCUGAUAGCACCAGGCUCAACGAGGGUAUCGGCGCUGGCCUCGACGAGGAAGACGAUGGCGCUGGGAAUGAUUAUAUUGAGUUCGAGGAUGAGGAUAUCGAUAAGAUUUGAAAUAUUAGGGUUUCGGUAACGGUUUUUGGUUUCCUUUUUUUUUCUUUGUUGAGAUUAUAUUUAACUGUAUGUGGUUUUAAGGUGUUGUCUGUCUGUGUACUGUGCCAUGUAUGAAUGGUGAGUGUCAAUGAAAUAAGAUAUUCUGUUA